AAUAUAAAUAAAAUAUAUAGCAGAGUGCGGUUGACUGAGAGGUCCUAUCGCCACAGUCUCCGGUGAGGAGAGCUGUCAAUAACCGGACAGCGGCGAAAAUGAACGAAGCGCGACUCGGGAGCAGCGUCGGAAAAAACAUGGCGGCCAAAGCGCUUCGGCAGCGAACCAGGCGAGGGAGCAGACAAGAUGCAAACAACGUGAACGUCGCCGCCGAAGCUCGGCCACCGAAAGAGGAGAAAGGCGGCGAUGACAGUAAAAUAACAGAGACCCGGCAAGAGUCAGUAAGUCGUGGAGGGCAGGUGUGGGCUCCAGAAGGUUCCACUGCGUUUAAAUGCCUGCUCUCCGCACGUUUUUGUGCAGCUCUGCUCAGCAACAUCUCAGACUGCGAUGAGACCUUCAACUACUGGGAGCCUAUGCACUACCUGCUGUACGGCACAGGGAUGCAAACAUGGGAAUAUUCUCCAUUGUACGCCAUCAGGUCGUACACUUACUUGUGGUUACAUGCUCUUCCUGCUUGUUUGCAUGCCCACGUUCUACAGACAAACAAGGUGUUGGUGUUCUACUUUGUGCGAUGUGUCUUAGCAUUCUCCUGCUGUGUCUGUGAACUCUAUUUCUACAAGGCAGUUUGUAAGAAGUUUGGUUUGCAUGUGGGCCGUCUAAUGUUGGCCUUCCUUGUCCUGAGCACGGGAAUGUUCUGCUCGUCUGCAGCAUUCCUGCCUUCCUCGUUCUGUAUGUACACAACGCUGGUGGCCAUGACGGGGUGGUUUCAGGACUCCACACCGUUGGCCAUCGCGGGUGUGGCUGCUGGCGCCAUCGUCGGAUGGCCGUUCUCUGCUCUUGUCGGGAUUCCCAUCGCCUUCGACCUGCUGGUGUUAAAAAGGCAGUGGAGAAGUUUUAUCACCUGGUCAGCUGUUGCCCUGCUUCUGCUGCUGGUACCCCUCGUGGCAGUAGACUCUUUCUUUUAUGGCAAACUGGUCAUUGCGCCGCUCAAUAUUCUGCUAUAUAAUGUCUUCACACCACAUGGACCUGAUCUGUAUGGUACAGAGCCGUGGCAUUUCUACUUUGCAAAUGGGAUCCUGAACUUCAACCUGGUGUUUGCUUUGGCACUGUUGUCUCUGCCACUCACUGCUCUCAUGGAGACACUGUUACACAGGUUCAAUGUGCAGAACCUGGGCCGUCCAUACUGGCUGACUCUGUCUCCCAUGUAUCUGUGGAUGUUGGUUUUCUUCACCAGACCUCAUAAAGAAGAGCGGUUCCUCUUUCCCAUCUACCCUCUCAUCUGCCUCAGUGGGGCAGUGGCCCUCUCCUCUCUACAGAAAUGCUACCACUUCCUGUUCCAGCGGUACCGACUGGAGCACUACACGGUCUCCUCCAACUGGUUGGCUCUAAGCACAGUCCUGGUUUUCUCAGUGCUGUCACUGUCUCGCUCUGUCGCCCUCUUCAAAGGCUACCACGCCCCUCUGGACCUGUACCCAGAGUUCCAUCGCAUCGCCAAGGAUCCUACUCUUCACUCAGUCCCCGAAGGCAGACCUGUUAGUGUGUGUGUGGGCAAAGAGUGGUACCGCUUCCCGAGCAGCUUCCUGCUACCGCACAACUGGCAACUGCACUUCAUUCAGUCUGAGUUUAAAGGGCAGCUACCACAGCCAUAUGCCUCUGGUCGUCUGGCCACACAGACCAUCCCAGCUAAUAUGAAUGACCAGAACCAGGAGGAGCCAACCAGAUAUAUGGAUAUACGGCAGUGCCACUACGUAGUGGAUCUGGACUUGGAUGAAGAGACGCCACUUGAGCCUCGUUAUUCAGCCAGCAAAGAGGAGUGGACCAUCAUCGCCUUUAAGCCUUUCCUUCAAGCCUCAAGGUCAUCUCCUCUCUUCAGAGCGCUCUACAUCCCGUUUAUAUCAGACCAACACAACACCUACAGGCGCUACGUCAUCUUGAAACCACGGCGGCAAAAGCAGCCUCGUAAGCGGACCCAUGGCUGACCAUUGAACCUCAACUUGGCCCCAAGUACAAAAUCUUAACGGAUAUCAAUCACUUACCCUCAAAACAGCUGGUAUUUGUGUGUGUGUGCGCGUGAUGGUUGGACACGUAUGCAUGCAUGUUUUUCGAAGUAUUUGUCUCAUUUGAAGAUAUCAGACCCUUUAAGGACAUUAUUUCUGCCUUUGGGUUCAUGUAUGUGUGUGUGACUGAGGAGAAAUGUUAUGUAUGUGAGCUUGGCAGGUAUCGGCUGAAUCUGUAUGUCAAACAUUUUUAUCUCGGUGUGUUUGUGUUUGUCGGUGUGUAAAUGAAUGUUUGGUGGAUGCACACUACAAGAUUUGACAUGUAUUUAGACAGGCCGUGAGUGGUCUUUUUCAUACUUUAUUUGAAAAUGUGGCCUGAAUGGAAGUACUUUUCUGAAUGAUGAGUUUAAGAAAUCUUGUAGUGUUUGCUUGUCUGCAGUUGAACAGUAUCUUCUUGUGUGCUCUGUGUGAGUGGAGAUGAAUGACAGCGAGGGUGCGUUGUUAAUUUAACUUGGAAUGUUAAUAAAAAAAAACAUGAUUGACUGCUAAUACAAGCUUCCUGUUGUUUCAUUGGGACAGUAAAAUCACUUAACCACAAGCAGGCAGAUUCACUUCUAAUCUCAUUUUAUUUGAAGAUGUAACAAACAUACAAACCACUCUCACUUACAGGAGAGACGUCAAGGCAUUAUACAUUCUGAAUAAGUAAUAUUAAUGAUGCUAUAUGUUGUCAUUCUCUUUGAUGUCAUGCCAUUGCUGUGGUCACGCUGUAGGCACUCAAAUUCACUGUUUGAGCCACCUUUCCACUCGCCAGCAGACAGAACGUCAUUAAUAAAUGAGGGAACAGUGAAAUUUAAAUUCUAGACAUCUCACAAUUUAAGGUCAUGUCAAAACACACUUGCAGUACAUACGAAAUAUUCAACCCUUGCUCCCUCAAGCAGUAUUGAUUUAUUGUGUCUUUGUCUGUUUGAGGUUUUAUAUUAGGUAAACAUGGGUGUGAUUUCAGGCACAGCAGCCACAAAAGGGUCCAAGACCUCAAUAGUUAACCUACUAAGCAAGGGCAGCAUGACACGGCCAUGCAAACAGGCUGCUACACAAGGUCACUCAUCACCAUCAUCAUUCAGUUCA